CAUUCUCGCGGUUUUUGAUGAUUUGUCGUAGGUAGCAGCUGAAAACAUGGCCGAUGAACACGGACGGAAAUGGGACCGAUGCCUAGCUGAUAGCGCUGUAAAGAUAGCCACUGGCCUUGGUGUGGGGAUUGUGUUUUCAGUUCUCUUCUUCAAACGGCGCACAUGGCCAGUGGUGUUUGGCUCCGGUGUGGGGCUAGGCAUGGGAUACUCCAACUGCCAGCAGGACUUCAGGUCACCUUACCUGCUCCAUAGCCACAUGGUGAAGGAACAGUAGAAGACUGAUGAGAGUCGGCUGAUGUAGAAGUUGUCUCGUCCUCAUUAUGUUAGACGGAACUCUGUCUCCCUGCCACCCAAUGUAAUUACUAUGUGAGUCUCACAGGGCAGUCGAGAUAUAUAGAUAUUUAAUAAAACAGUAAUAAAGAAUUUGACAAAUA